AAGGCUCCUUGUAUAAGGGGGACUCUCCCUUUCUCCUGUCGUGUGGUACAGUACUAUCAGAGUACACCCCUUAGUCUUCAAAAAGCAUAUUCUGUAUCCUUGGAAAAUGGCUCCUACUACGACCUUACCGGCCUCCUGGUUCUAGAGCACCCCCCUCUAUCAAUUGGAGAGAAGAGCGAUAUUUCUGAAUGUGCACAACAGUCCCGCUUUGUUCCCCCUCAUAACUCUACUUUAUACUAGAAUUGCUAACAAUUACAGCCUCUUGAGAAGGCGUGGCAUUUUGUAGGGCCUGUCACACGAUUCGUGGAACGAGGUGAAAAAGUGUACUACGAAAUCGCCCAGGUCAAAUUCUAUGUCGUCAGCACAAGCCCUGAGGGCACUGGAUGGGGCACCGAUGGAAUAGAAGUGCGCCGUGAGAGUCCCGUAGCUUCACAACAACUACAGUUAGUAACCUAACAUGUUCGGACGAUCACGGCCUGGAGGACACCUCUGUCCAUGUGCGAGUACAUUUCACUUCAAGUGGCCUAGUCUUCAUCACGCUGUCAUCGGAUUCACUGCCCUUUAAAGAAUUCUUUCCGGAUCUCGAACUUCUUUUAUCAAAGGUAGAUUUCACCAAGUUAAAGUAUCGCCGGAGCAUUUCCUACGAAGGUGGCUUCAACUGGAAGACUAUGUGCACAUUCCCCUCGCCAUAUCCAUAGACUGGCCAACUGACGGCCCCCCGCAGGAUGGACGACUACCAAGAAUGUCUUCAUUGCCAAUACGCCCACCCGUCCUUCACCAAACUCUACCCACCUACUUUCUACACAAUUCAGAACCAUGGGAACUUUUGCAGACACAUUACCAAUCCCAGGAAGGUACGCACCCCCUACACUCCUGUCGCCCCAAGAUCACCAGGACCCACCCCCGACUCGCGAAAGCCCGAGGAUGGACUAUUUCUCUAUUUCUUCCCGAUCUGCACACUAAACUUAAGUCCCCAGUCUCUCCAGUGGACUAUCGAUCUAACACAUCCCAGGUCUACGGCGGCGGCAUGUCCUCAUUCCGCGCAUGCCCAAUGCCAGACCCCACUGUCUGAAGAAUGGAGUUCGACUAUUACUACAACGGAGAAGACGAAGCCUUUGAGGAGUACUUCAAGUUCGUGAGACAAGUUGCGUUGGAGGAUUACGAGUUGUGCGUUGCUGCACAACAAAAUCUCUAGAGAGGUGUGUAUGUGGAAGGGGUGCUAAACCCCGAGAAGGAAAGCGGAGUGAUAUGUGGGUCUACUCUAUAUCCACCAAGUUGAUGAUUAACACCAGUCUGCCUACUUAGAUUACCAACAACUGGUCAGAAAUCUAGUCCUAGAAAAGUACAAAGCCGAGAGGGCGGAAGCAGGGGAGGAGGCAGCAAACGACAGCACCUCCCGCGUUUCCGCAGUUAAUCAAGCACCACCGGGGCCCUCCGGGUCGACAACAGUCGGCGUCGGAGCU